AUGACGGUGCACGACAUAUUGGAAGCGCCGGGGGAGGUGGUGCCGAAAUCGGGAUACAGGACGCUGUGCGGCUGGAUGGUGCUGCUCCGCUUCCUGCGGCCGGUCUGCUUAGCCGUACCGAGGAGUUGCUUCCGGCGGUCCAAGCGUUGGGAGCGAUCCGACAGCCUAACUUGGUGCCGCUUACGUCGACCUACGCCGCGGAUUACUGAAGCAGUUCUUAAGAGUUCAAAAUUUACUGUCUGGAAGCUGCUUUUUUCCUUGUCGCAUUGCAUGCUGUCAUUGACAAUCUGGUUUGCUGUUCAUAAGGAAAAUACAAACGUGAUCGAAAACAAUCGAACAACAAUAAAUAAUUCAACUGCUAACUUGAUUGUACAAUCUUCAGCUGGGGUUGCAGAAGCACACAGAUGGGAUUUCACCCAGAAACUAUCUCUUGGUAUUGUCAAAGGUUUGGAUCAUCUCCACGAGGGGCUGGGCUUUUUGGAUUUCGGUUUGCACCUCGUCUUGAGUUCUGCAGAGGCUCGGGACAUGCUUGAAUCCUUGGUUCAGGGCUACAAAGCAUCUGAGCUAGGCAAGAUGCGAAAAAUGUCAGCAAAGUGA